AUGAGGCACAGGGCAAAGCUCGCACCACAGCGCCUCGGCGGCCCCAUGGCAAGCGAGCCAAGAGACAGCCUCUGCAAGGCCGAGAAAUCGAACUUCCACAUGGCCGAAAAGUCGGAAUGCUGGCCCACAGCUAGGCAGGAGGCAGCCGCGUCGCCGUCCCACUUCUCGCAGAAGUCCUACCAGCCCAUCACCAUCCCCAUGACGGCCUCCCAAGGCUCGCUGUAUCCGGGCACGGGCUCGGUGAACGUGCCCCAGCCCAUCAUGACGGCCUCGCCCCGAAGAUCCCCCUCGCUGCCGACGCCCAUCUCUCCGCACUCCGCCAUGUCGGGGGCGGCCGGGUCGGUGGGACAACCGCAAGGCCAGCCGGCUUCCGGGCACUUCGCGCCACACAGCGGGCACUUCGGGCCGGUCAUCAGCAUGUCAGGACAAUUCCAGCCCCACAGCAUGAGGAGCCAUCACCUCUCGGCAAUGCCGCUGCCGGCGAACCUGCCACCGUACGUCACUAUGCGAUGA